UCUUCCAAAUUGUAUAUGAUAUCUGUAUCUACAGAUGCACACCACUCGCGCAUAUAUGCAUGUUCUAUACGCAUAUAUAAAUAUUAAUAUAUAUGUGAUUCUAUAUACACACCCAAACCCCUGCACGUAUUGUCUAUAUAUAGUGUAUAAUUUUGAUUGGAUGAAAUUUUGAUUUGAUUUAAAUGGAAUUAUUACUGAAAAGACGUUAGCGUUUACAUUCUUCUUCUUCUUCUUCUUCUUCUUCUUGUCCUCUGCAACUCAAAGCCACAUCAAUGGGAGGCUAAGCUUAAGUUAGGAGGGUUAGUCAAAGCAGCAGAAACUGAGCGGGAAAGUGCUUAUUACUGGCUUUAAGUGUAUACAAAAUGAAUUCAACAUAUACCCAGUUUGUUGCCUCAAAAAGAAUGGGCAUAUGUGAUCCAAUACAUGAACUUGGCAUGUGGGGAGAAUUCAAGGGUAAUGGCUACUCGACUGCCUCAGCAACCAUGAUUUUAGAAGUUGAGAAAAGCCUAGACUGCCAGAUGCCAGUUAUUGAGAAAACAUUUAACCAGACUGAGGAAGCUUCACAUGGAAUAGUCAGACCUUAUAACAAAUAUGAAGAGGCAGCAAGUAAACCGCCCGAGAAGGUCUUGAGACGCCUUGCACAAAACCGUGAAGCUGCACGUAAAAGUCGUCUGCGGAAGAAGGCCUAUGUUCAGCAGUUGGAAAGUAGUAAACUGAAACUGAUCCAAUUGGAGCAAGAGCUAGAUCGGGCAAGACUACUGGGCGUGAAUGCAAAUGGUGGGUUAGAUGCUAGUCAGCUAGUUUACUCUGGAACUGCAAACUCAGGCAUUACUGCAUUUGAGAAGGAGUAUAGAGAGUGGGUGGAAGAGCAAAAUAGACAAACCGACAAAUUGAGGAAUGCUUUGCAUUCUCAAGUUGGUGAAAUGGAAUUAAGCGUUAUUGUUGAGAGUUGCAAGAGCCACUAUGUCAAUCUUUUUGAGUUGAAAGAAACUGCUGCAAAGGCUGAUGUCUUCUACAUUAUGUCGGGCAUAUGGAAAACACCAACCGAACGUCUUUUCCUAUGGAUUGGAGGGCUUCGUCCUUCAGAGAUUCUAAAGGUUGUCUCGCAGCAUCUUGAGCUCUUGACAGAUGAUCAACUUCAGAAUGUUCAGAACCUUCAGCAAUCAUGCCAGCAGGCAGAAGACGCUCUAUCGCAAGGAUUGCUUAGACUACAACAGAUUCUGGCUGACAAUGUUGCAACAGGACUACUGGGUGAAGGGAAUUACCACCUACAACAGAUGAGGCCUGCAAUGGAAAAUUUGGAUUCUUUAGUGAGGUUUGUAAAUCAGGCAGAUCAUCUUCGCAAAGUGACCCUAGAACAGGUGUCUGGCUUGUUAACUAUCCACCAAGCAGCUUGGGGCCUCCUUGCAUUGGCCGAGUACCUUCAUCGUCUGCGUAAUCUGAGCUCAGUUUGGGCAAACCAUUCAAACGAACACGCUUAAAAACUCCACCAAAUGAGCCCAGAAGAUUUUCCCACCUUUGAAUCGAAGCUCCAUCACCUGAAAUCAUCUCUCUCUCAUUUAUUAUGCUUGCUAAGAUCUCUGCAUGUUGACAUAAAUCUCAGCUGCUGCAAAUUUUUGAGGCUACUUGUAAAAAUAUUGCAAUUGUACAUGGACAUUUGCAGUUAUAGUCUCCUUUUUUAUUUACAUCUUUUUGUAAAUUAAAGUUACUCUUAAACAAGAUCCAUCCUGAGCCUCUAGAGUAGAUGCAGUGUUAAGUUUGCAGUCUGUGUUUCUUUCCAGUGGAUAGGGUGGAACUGUAGAAUGCAUAAACAGUUUUUGGAUGCUUUGGAGAACACAAUUAUUCCCAUACAUGGUAGGCAGAGUAGAAAAUGUGGAUAUAGAAGGGAAUCAAUAUUAUUUCAAAGUUCAGGGAAAAAAAAGUACUUUUUGUCCCUAAUUAUUCAAGUUGUUCAGUUUUAAUUCCUAAA